CUUCUGGUGCUUUCUAUGAAAUUUUCUCAAGCAAUUAACUUCUUGCAGAACCGGCUGCUUGCAAUGAACUAUAUAAAUGAGGGCUCUGAUGAUAAGCUUUUUGAGGCUCACAGGGAAUGGGGAAUGCGAUUUAUGAAGCUAUACCCUCAAUAUACCAGUUGGGAUAAUCCUAAAGAUAUGGAACGCCCAUUAGUAAUUGGAUAUGUGUCACCUGAUUAUAUUACUCACUCUGUAUCAUAUUUCAUUGAAGCACCUCUCUUUUUCCAUGAUUACACAAAUUACAAGGUGAUUGUGUACUCUGGUGUUGUAAAGGUAUGGUUAUUUCUCUCAUGCACAAGUGUCACCACUUAGUUAACUUGAAGUCUUUUUUCAAGUAUCUUGAAGUCUUUUUUCAAGUAAUUUACAACACGUCUUUAAGUCAAGUUUA